CAUCUGAUAUUCUUUCCGUCGGACAUAAUCGAUCGUCAUCCUCUUCGCCAUUCUUUCCUUCCCAUCAGUACAAUCGCAUUAAUAAUUCGUCUGAAUUUCUGAUCAUUAACACCCUCAAGUUUUUCUGGAUAAUAACCACCUCAACGAUCUUCACAAAUCUCCUUCUUUCUCCUUCGUUCCAUGUUUUGUAGUCUUCUGAAACCCUAACAUCGUUCGGAGUUCAAUGGCGGAGCCACCGCGAACAAUUGCCGCUGGCGCGACGUUGGCCAACAGCCCGCAGGCAUUGCAGACGAGCUCGCGUUCUAUCACGGAGACGGUGAACGGCUCGCACCGGUUUGUGAUCCAGGGUUACUCGUUAGCUAAAGGGAUGGGUGUGGGAAAGCACAUCGCCAGUGAGAACUUCUCAGUUGGUGGUCACCAGUGGGCUAUCUACUUCUAUCCCGAUGGUAAGAACCCCGAAGAUACUUCGGCCUACGUUUCUGUAUUUAUAGCAUUGGCUAGUGAAGGGACGGAUGUCAGGGCUUUGUUCGAGCUGACUCUGCUUGAUCAGAGUGGGAAGGGAAAACACAAGGUUCAUAGCCACUUCGAUCGCUCCCUCGAGAGCGGCCCCUACACAUUGAAAUACCGUGGCAGCAUGUGGGGGUACAAACGUUUUUUCAGACGAACAUCACUUGAAACUUCAGAUUACCUUAAAGAUGACUGCUUGAAAAUUAAUUGUACUGUCGGAGUUGUACGUUCCACAAUAGAUUGUCUAAGCUUGCAUUCUAUUCAAGUCCCAGAUUCUGACAUUGGUGCACAUAUUGGCAUGCUUUUGGAUAAUAUGGAAGGCUCUGAUACUGUUUACAAUGUGGCUGGGGAAAGAUUUAAUACCCAUAAAAUGGUUUUGGCUGCUCGUUCUCCAGUUUUUCAAUCACAGUUACUUGAUGUUGCGGACGAUGAUAAAAAGGAAAUUGUAGUUACUGAUAUGGAACCCAAGGUCUUUGAGGCUAUGCUGCAUUUUGUAUAUAGAGACACUCUUAUGGAAGAAGACCCAGAGGCAUCUAGUUCUUCUUCUGUCCCUUCUAUAUCUGAUACAUUAACUGCGAAAUUGCUAGCAGCAGCUGACCAUUAUGAAUUGGGAAGACUCAGACGAAUGUGUGAAGUUCGUCUCUGCAAAUAUAUAUCUGUAAAUUCUGUAGCUAAUAUUCUGGCUCUUGCUGAUAAGUAUCAUGCCACAGAACUCAAAGCUGUCUGUCUUAGAUAUGCUGCUGAAAACCUUCCUGCUGUGAUGCAGUCAGAUGGGUUUGAAUAUCUAAAAGAAAACUGCCCGUCACUCCAAUCAGAGCUUCUG